AUGCCACCAAAGAAGCGUGCCCUUGAUGUCAUCGACCUCGUUAGUAGCGACGGCGAAGAGUCACCAGCGCCACGGCCUAACAAGAGGGUAUCUGGAAACCGAACUGCACCUUUGGGGCAAACUAGUGCCCGUACUGCCGGGAGAACGCCAUCUUUCACCCAGCGCUCGGCUAAUUCGAGCGGAGCCGCAGCUGCCUCAUCUCAAAGCGGAACAUUCUAUGAUCGGGAGAAUGAUGAUCAUUUAAUUGACCUUACUCAAGCCCCCGAUGGCCCGCAAAGAGAGCUUUAUGGAAACCUCGAUACGAAGAUCGUGGGAGUGCGUUAUUACGAUGGCUACGCAUCGCAGGGCGAGGUUGUAGUUUGUUUGCGGGAGCCCAGCAACCCGUAUGAUGGAAAUGCUAUUCGGGUUUGCAAUGUUAUGGGUGUCCAAAUUGGCCACAUACCGCGCAAAGUAGCUGAGAAGCUGGCGCCAUACGUCGACAAUGAUGAGGUUGCCUUGGAAGGAACUCUUACCGGGGAAAAGGGCUUUUACGACUGUCCUGUCCGUCUGCAUAUCUUUGGGACAAGUAAUCGUGUGGACCGGCUACAGCUGGAGGACAAGCUAAAGAAAGACAAACUGCUGAAGGCUACCGAGCUUAAAAAGACGCGGGCUGAGGCUGAAGCACAGAGAAAGAUGCUUGGCAUCAAGAACACGCAGUCGACAGUUGGUCUCAAUGGAGCCGAGGCUGAGCCUGAAGUGUCUCUUGAGGACUUGGUGCGAGCCAGUCAAGCGACGCAGAAUCACACCCGUGGAGACGCUGUCAAGUCGCUCGUUAUGGACGAGGAUGCAUUGGCUGCCAUGCCAAUUGCAGAACAACCCGUCAUGCUCGAGUCUUUGCUUCUGCCAUAUCAGCUGCAGGGCCUGGCCUGGAUGAUGUCCAAGGAGAAUCCCCAGCCGCCACCGAAGGGUUCUUCGGAGAGCGUCCAGCUGUGGAGAUGGCAACAGAACGGCCGUGGCAUGUACAACAUAGCAACCAAUUUUCACGUGCAGAAUCAACCGAAACUCCUUUCCGGCGGUAUUUUGGCUGACGAUAUGGGUCUUGGCAAGACUCUUCAAGUCAUCAGCCUUAUCUUAACUGGUGGUCCCGGCACCACCCUCAUUGUGGCUCCGUUGAGCGUUAUGAGUAACUGGGACCAACAAAUGGGCAGGCAUGUCAAGAAGGAGCACCUUCCCGGCAUAUUCACGUAUCACGGAAAUAACAAAGCGAGCAAAUCUCAGCUGGCAAAGUACCAGGUGGUCAUCACCAGCUACAAUACUCUUGCUACAGAGGCAUUGAAAGAGGGACAGUCUGCUGCUUCGCCACUCAUGACCAUGAACUGGAGACGGGUUGUACUUGAUGAAGGGCAUACUAUCCGAAAUGCAAAAACAAAGGCCGCCCAGGCUGCCACUAAGCUUACAGCGCAAUCCCGAUGGGUUCUGACAGGAACUCCAAUCAUCAACAACAUAAAAGAUUUUCAGUCUUUGCUUCAAUUCCUUGCGAUCACCGGAGGUGUCGAGCAACCAGUCAUCUUCAACACCGUCAUUGCUCGUCCCCUUGCCCAUGGUGACGAAACCGCUGAAGCUCUUUUGCAGCUGCUGAUGCGAGACCUCUGCUUGCGACGCAAGAAGGACAUGAAGUUCGUCGAUCUAAAGCUGCCGCCGAAGAAGGAAUAUGUACACCGCAUUCAAUUUAGGCCAGACGAGAAGAGUAAAUAUGAGGCACUGCUAAACGAAGCAAAAGGGGCCCUUGAGGAUUAUCAGAACAAGGCGAAAGGAGGCAAGGGACAAUUUCAAAGCGUCUUGGAGCGGCUCCUUCGGCUACGACAAGUGUGCAACCACUGGACACUUUGCCGUCAAAGGAUUGAUGACCUACUUAAAGUUCUCGAAGAUCAAUCGGUUGUCGUUCUCAACGCAAAGAACAAAGAGAUCCUACAGGAGGCACUACGUCUCUACAUUGAGACGCAGGAGGACUGCGCGGUCUGUCUCGACACUCUAAACAGCCCCGUGAUCACACACUGCAAGCACGUUUUUUGCCGUGGCUGUAUUUCCAAAGUUAUCCAGACACAACACAAAUGUCCCAUGUGCCGCAACCAACUUGAGGAGGAGUCCCUCCUUGAACCGGCUCCCGAAGCUGGCGAAGAGGCAAACGAGGACUUCGACGCAGAUGCGAAGAGCUCCAAGACGGAGGCCCUCGUGAAGAUUGUCCAAGCGACAACAAGGGAUCCCAAGUCCAAGAUCAUAAUUUUUUCGCAAUGGACAUCAUUUCUCAACAUCAUCCAGAACCAAAUCGCUGAGGCGGGAUUUAAAUUCUGCCGCAUCGACGGCUCCAUGACUGCGACCAAACGUGACGCUGCUAUAGAAGCCUUGGACCAUGAUCCUGACACGCGUGUCAUGCUCGCUAGUCUAGCUGUGUGCAGUGUAGGUCUCAAUCUUGUGUCGGCGGAUACCGUCAUACUUGCGGACAGCUGGUGGGCGCCGGCUAUCGAGGAUCAGGCAAUCGACCGUGUGCACCGCCUGGGCCAAAAACGGCCGACAACCGUGUGGCGACUCGUCAUGGAAGGGACGGUCGAGGAGCGCGUGCUUGACAUCCAGGAAGAGAAGCGAACCCUUGUGGGUAAGGCGUUUCAGGAGAAGAACAAGGGGAAAAAGACGCAGGAGACCCGAAUGGCAGAUAUUCAAAAGUUGCUUGCUUGA